AUGUCACUAGCAAACCGAGCUCGCAUUCUAGAUGCUGCACAAAGGAUUGCGGCGGUCUUAAACAAGAACAACAAGAAAUACAUCCUGAUGGGAGGCGGAGCGUCUAUUAUUCAAGGCAAUAAGAGGAGAACGAAGGAUCUCGAUAUCAACCUGCUGGAGAUAAAUGACCGCUUAAUUGCGGACAUGGCUGCCGCUGGCAUCAGCAUCAGACCAAACAGGAAGAUUCCUCAACGAUGGAGCGCCACGAUCCCCGAAUCAAGUCCUGGUGCCAUGAAUGCGACCAGCGUUGACAUCGCCUUGAAACCUGACAUCAGAGACGUCUUCGAGCAUGCCGAACUUGUCGAUGGUGUGAUGGUUGCAGGCCUUCACUUACUUUUGGUCGACAAAAUCAAGACCGCGUCCACAAGGUCAGAUGGGAAAGGCGGAAAGAUUGUAAACGACAUGAACGACAUAUUUUUCUGCCUCAGUGAGAUGGAACACAGGAACGCAGCCUACGUACCGGACAAGCUGAAGGCAACCUUGACACCCGACAUUUGGGAGAAUUUCUGGGCCCGAGCCAAAGUAGAAGGGGACAUAGCAACAUAUGAGGAUUGGCUCCGAAACUAUGCCGGUUUGAGCUGGUAG